AUGGCGGCCAAUCCAGACAUUAACAUCCGAUCGUCAGCUGGACAACCCAUUGCACCUCCGUUCUCGAGCCCUGUCCAAAUAUCGCCCUUUGCAUCAUCUAUUCAUACUCUCCAGACGUCAUCAGACGUGAAAAUUUCACAGGAUGACUCCAACAAGAGGAAGAAACCCCCCAGAAAACACAGAGAUCAAGGCUUUGCUUGGAAAUCUGCUGACAGCUGGGCUACUCAGUGCCUCCCCCAGCCUCGGACAUGGCCGCAAAAGUGUAAUCGCUGUCUGUCCAAAGGACUGGAGUGCUCGCCCGGGGAAGUCAAGAAAAGAACACGAAGACAGGUCCGAGGUGACGGAGAGUCAGACAACAUGAUGCAUAGCCCGGGGAUCCGAGCAUUUCCCAGCCAGGGCCAUGAAGCUUCCAAAAUUGCAUGGGACUGCGAAGACCUGAUGGACAUGCUUACCGCAGUCCAACUCCUCAACAGCGUGUAUGAAGUUCACCAUCACCAAAGAGCCUCCUUGAUAGAUAUCCUCGACUUCCAAAAGGCUCCCUGCCAGAGCAAUGGACCCGGAUCCCAAGCACAGCUAGAGGUACCCUAUGUUUCGGGCCUGCACCAGAGUCUGCCGCUGCUCAAAGAUAGGAUUUCCGUCUCGCUGAAGACAAGCCUCAGGUGCGGCGGGCCGACGUGUCUGGCGGAGAGGAUGCUGUUCGAGGAUACGCUCGUUGACUUGCAUGGCGACUUGCCGAAGCGUCCGAUGGUAACUGGUCGAGUCGAACGCCACCAACUACUCCUGAGAGAGCAAAUUUGCGACCUGCUGUUCCGGUCCAGGUCGAGUGUAUCGGAGACCAUUACCUUGAAAGCAGUAGUCUCGCUAUCCACCACACUCUCUUCGAGGCUACCAGCUCUCAUGAAGAAGUUUGGACUAUACGAUUGGUCCUACGUGGAACAGGGCUUCGGUCCAGAGUGGGAGAAGCUACUCCCCCACGCCGUUGUCGGGUGCCUCCUCUUCGGUCCAGGUGACCUCUACUCGGGCGCAAUGUCAUACGCAAAGAUCUGGGCCCACGACAUCUUAGUCAAAGAGGGCGCAAAAUACCUACUGGCAGCACAUGACCUCGCCCUCAUCCCGUCCAAAGCCAGCAGCUGGUCCCUGGAAGACCUGGCCUUCCUCACCGACCACGUCGGCCCGGACCCCAAGGACAAUCAAGGGCUCACCCUCCUUCACGCCGCAAUCCUCGACCGCAGGCCCGACGUAAUGCGUCGACUCUUGGAACCAGGGGGCGCCAAGCCGUGGCACCGCAUCUUUAGGAAGCGGUUCUCGCUGUUCCACUUCGCGGCCUCGGUCGGGUGUGAGGCAUGCUACGCAGAACUGCGCUGUCACACUGAGCUACAGCCGGCAGAGGAGACGCGGGACCGAAACGGAUUGCUGCCUUUUCACAUCGCUGCUCUCCGCGGGCAGGUACGUGUGGUGGAGGCCAUUCUGAUAGCCCAUUAUAACGGAGAGGAGGAGGAUGAGGAGGACUACGUUAAUCGAGAGACGUCCGAGUCCGGGCAUACUGCGUUGUAUCUCGCCAUAGCGCGAGCGGAUGACGAUGCCACGGCAAGGUUCUUGGCCAUGUACCCCGGCGUGGACUUUCUCGUCGAUAGACAGGUGCGGCAGACGGCCCUCCACGUUGCGGCGUCCGGCAAAAGGUACUCGCUCUUUCGAUUUCUCCUCUCCAGGGUACCCGAGGAGCUGCUCAAUACGCAAAACGAAGACGGCGAGACGGCGUUGCAAAUCCUCGUACGUCACGGCGACCGAGAGACGUUGAACAGCGCCCUAGAUAUCCCCUCGAUCGAACCCGACGUGACGGCAAACGAUGGUUCUACGCCACUCGUCGAGGCCGUGAUGAAUGCGAACGCGGGGGCGGUGGAAGUCUUGGUCGGCUGUCCGGGGGUGGAUAUCACGGCAUUACGGCGGCCUUUGGAGCCCUUUGGUUUUUCUGCAUUGGAACAUAUCACGCAAGAGGCGGACGGCAAUGAUGGUUCCGGGGGUUAUGUGGAGAUUUUGGAAUGCUUGCGAGUGCGUUGUCCCGAGUUGGAGGAGGAUCUACGUGGGAGCGAGGUAUCGGUGGCUGGGAUGGAGACGGAUGAUGAGUGA